UAACAAAAAAUAAUCAUUUAAAAACUUAAUGAAUUUUGUUUAUUGGCAAAUAAUUAAUUAAUUCAAAUUAAUUUGUUAGAAAAAAAAAUAUUGAGACAUUAAAAAAUGGAAACAAUGAGCUAAAAUCUUGAAGGAUUCUAAGAAGCUAAAUAUAAGCUUGCAUUGCAUCUUCAAAACAGGAAAAAAAUCAAAGAGAUGUACAAAAUGAAAGGUGUCUAAAUGCUCGAUAAACCUGAGUUAGUCAGUAAAAAAUGA